AUGUUUGUUCUCGACCCUGCAGCGAUUUGCUGCUGCGCUGUCACGUGCUGUUGCGGCAUCGGGAGCGUCUGCGCGUAUCGAAAGAGGAAGAGCAUUCCUCAUCCGUCCGAAUGUGCCCUAAUCGGGAAGGUGUAUCGGUUGUGCGGCUGCCACGACCACGACAAAUUUGAUGCCCUCGUCGAAGUUCAUGAAAUCCACAACCUGACCGAGUCCGGCAAGUUCUUCGUCGAGGUGCAUGCGGGCCGAUGCGAGGAGAGGACGGGCGUCUGCUCCGCCAAGAAGGGACGCGUGGAAAUUCAGGAGCGCGUGAGCAUCCACGUACGCCAGGCAGACAAGAUACUGACAGUCCGCGUCAAGAAAAAGGGGCUUACGUCGACAGAGGAUAUCGGCGACGCGAUCAUAGGCGUGAAAUCCGAUCUCAUCGACGGGGCCUUUCCCAAGCGGCAGGCAUUCCUCUGUCAAAAAGAUGGGAAAACAACGUGCAAAGUUGUGCUGUCCUUCCAUCGGCUAGACGCAGCGAAUCUGUCACUCGGUGACUUCCAGAUGACCCCCCUGCUUCACCAAGCUUUGCUGCAUGCGCAGUCCGAGGCGGAGGCACGCGGCGAGACGCUGAAAGUCGACAUCCUGAACAUGACAGAGAUUGAGCGCCUUCGUUUUCUGUCACAGGUCUUGGAGGGGCCACUAAAGCAAAUGAGCUCGAUCGGCGGCGCCUGGAAAAGCUUGUAUUUCCGUGCUGCCGAGAGAAGAAACGGAAAGUGGGAAUGGCAGUACUGGUCUUCGAAGGACGACUGCAUGAGCGGCGUAAAGAAGCGAGGAGCAUAUUCGUUUAUGGCGAUAUCACUCGUUCUCCCUGACAAGCAUGAUCGGCAUUGCUUCUAUAUACGUUAUCACGACUCGGGGGGUGUGCAUGACCUCUUCUUUAAGCGCGUAGACCGAGAUCGCAAUUUGUGGUCCGACGGUCUCUUCGAAUUCAUUGAGAAGCUACGCGAGUACCUGGAGAAACAUCCCGAGGCUUCGAUGCCGGGACGUGGGAGCAGUUCCUCGAGAAAAGAAAAAAAAGAAGGCGAUGUCGGAGGAAGUAGAACACCUCGGAAACGAGAAGGAGCUGCGCUGAGUCCGCGCAAGGGAGAGUCGGACGGCGUCGAUAGCGAUGUGGCAAGGAGCAGGAGAAGCCCCCGCGGUACGGACAGAAAGGCUUUGUCUCAUCGAAGUCGCGUUGACGCAGCAGACCUAGCGGAGAAGCGACGGGUGUUGUCACCGAGACAAACUGCAGCGGACGAGAUGACGCGACCGCGUGCUUCGGUUCUCAAAGGGCGAAUGGUUGACGGAUUGAUGUACGACAGGCCAAUCGAAGCAGAGCAGGCAAGAGAAGCACGCGAGGAAGAUGAACAGCCAGCGGGGGGCCGAACUGAAGACACAGACUACGCACACGAGGAGGUGGAACCCCUGCUGUUUGCUCAAUAG